CGGUCCACGCGGUUCCGUUUGAGUUGGUGUUUGGUUUGUGGUCAUCUCCACGCUCCUCCGUGUCUCCUCCUCUCCUCCUCCCCGCUCACAUGGACCGACCUCCGCCCAGACCUCAGCAAAGUCCCGUCGCUCCGCGGCCGUCCAGUCGGUUCCCGUCUCCGUCCUCCUGCUGGGGUUUCCCGGGCGGUCGGCCCCAGUCCGCGGGCUCUCCCCGGGGCUCUCCCCGGGGCUCUCCCCGCGGCUCUUCCCCUUACUUCCCGCGGUCUAACCGGGGCUUCGGGAGAAGCGACGGGUUCCGGCGGCCUCAGUCCUACAGCCCAGCAGGAGCUCCGUACAUGCAGGGUCGCGGUUCUGACCCGGUACAGAAGUACUUCAGUCCAGCCAUGCUGCAGGACCCAUGGACAUCUCUGCAGCCCAUUACACCGGAGGCCGCCGCCGCUGCCAGGAGGACCACGUGACCACAGUAAUCAGAGAUCCACAGAUCUGAUCAGCCAAAAUCCCAACCAGCAGACGUGCAGCACCAGCAGUCAGGUUCUCUGCAGCUUCAGGGAUCAGUCUCCUCAUCAGAUGCUUUUCUAUACCAUCAACUGAUUUUUUUUUUUUUUUUUUAUCCACAAAUCAGAUGUUUUUAACUCCUCUUUCUUUAUUGUGUUUUUAGUCAGAAACUGAAGAAAGAAAUGUACUUUUUAUACAACAAAGUGGAAACUUCAGUCUAAACUGCUAUGUUUUUUCCUGUCAUCUCGUGGGGGUGGGGCGGGGGUUAGUCACCAGACAAAUUCUGGCUUUCUUCUCAGAUCCAGCCACUGUUUCUGUCAGCAAUUUCUCCAUUUAACUGACUGACGAUUUUCAGGAGCUCAGUUUUUUUUGUGAGUCUCUGUUGAAUGUAGGGCUGGGCGAUAUAUCAAGUAUAUUUGAUGUAUCUCAGCUUCUACUCUGUGCGAUGUACAAAAUGACUAACGUGAAUAUUCAAGUAUACAUUUGUUUUUAGCCGCGGGCAUUAAAUGACAGACUUUUCUCAC